UCAGUGAAGUACGAAGGAUGUGACAGCUGGCGGAAGAAAGAGCUGUACUAGUACUCUGGCUGGUACUUAUUACAAUGAAUUAGACUGGAGUAAUGAAGAAUGAAUUGUUGUGCAUAAGAAUACAGUGUGCUUCCCGAUACAGGAACUGAACCUAGAAUCUUAUGAUGGCAGAUGAGGUUGAACUACAUUGCUUAGACAAAGCUGAAUUGGUGACUAGGGCGGGGAAUUAACCUUGGAUACAGAUAUACACUAAUAUACAUACUUAUAUAUAUAUAUAUAUAUAUACGCACAGACUAACCUAGAAGCUCAGCGUAUCUACACACGCACACGCAAACAACCACACACGCGUAUAUAAAUCUAUAGAUGUAUAUAUGUAUGUAUGUAUAACAUAAUAGAUAUAGCUAUAUACAUAACAGACUCUCUCAAGCCAUUUCCUCUCUAUCGGAUUAACUUUUAGGAUUUAACUAUGGAUUAUCAAGAUUUACACUGCGACAUAGUUUUAAUAAUACAAGCCCUGCAUCGAGGAGUCUGUUGACAAGGACUUAAGAGAAUGGACUAAAUAUCCAAGGUUUCACCGUCCCUAAAACUACAAAAUGUGAAUUCCGAAUGCAACAGAAACUUGAUCUCUUUCAUGAUGGAUACCCAGCAGAUAUGGAAGAAUUAUUAACCAGAAAGUGAAAAAUAAAAGGAAAAGAAAGUUUUAUACAUGCAUCCACAGAAAUACACAGACACUUAACACACACACACACACAUACACACACACACACACACACACACACACACACACACACACACACACAUAUGAACACAGCUGCAGCAAACAUGGAAGAUGAGGCUGAGGUUAAAAUGGCUGAGGAUAGCAACAAAGUUGUGGAGUCUGAUGGAGAACCAAUGACACCAUCUGAUCACAGUGAUGCUGACCAUGAGUCUAACACCAGUGAUAGGGACGAUUCAGAUUAUCAGUCAGAAGAUCAGGAAAUUAGUGAUGAUGAUGACAAGCCCAAUAUCAGAUGGACUGGCUACAACAAGAAGAUCCCAGUUCUCAUCUUCCAUCCGGAGGCAGUUUUACAGAAUAAAUGUAGAUAUAAGAAAGUUGGUGAGCGCUUCCACAUGGCCUUCAAAUUUGGUAGCACUGAAAGUCGCAUAAUACGCACAGUAUUGCUAGCCCAUGGCUUUCAUGAGGUAACUUCAAAUCACUCAGACUAUAACAUAUUGUGGACCGGAGGACAUUUGAAACCUCUGACUCUUCGCAACAUGGCCGAUUUCCAGAAAAUCAACCACUUCCCAAGAUCCUAUGAAUUGACGAGAAAAGACAAACUGUAUAAAAAUGUUCAGCGAAUGCAACAAAUGAAAGGAUGCAGAAAUUUCAAUUUUGUUCCCAUGAGUUUUGUGAUCCCUUCAGAAUAUCAGGAAUUUUGUUGUUCGUUCUGUAAAGAUAGGGGACCAUGGAUAAUUAAACCUGUGGCUUCAUCUAGAGGUCGUGGAGUACACCUAGUAAGUCAUCCAGAACAAGUGCCUUUUGAUGAACAUCUCAUUGUUUCUAAAUAUAUCCAGAAUCCUUUGCUCAUUGAUGGUUUCAAGUUUGACAUACGUCUUUAUGUCGCAGUGACAUCGUACGACCCUUUGGUAGUGUAUCUGUAUGAAGAAGGUCUCACCAGAUUUGCAACUGUGAGAUAUGACAAGAGUCAACGAAGUUUAAAAAAUCAAUGCAUGCAUCUGACAAAUUACAGUGUAAACAAGAAGAGUGAUAGUUAUGUAAAAAAUGAUGAUCCUGACAUCGAAGAUUAUGGAAACAAAUGGUCCCUUGGAGCAUUAUUACGGUACCUCAAAGCAAAAGGAACAGAUACUGCUGCAAUGAUGAUGAAAAUUGAAGAUGUAGUAGUGAAAACUAUUUUGUCUGCAGAACUUCACAUUGCAGCUGCUAGCAAGAUGUUUAUUAACAACAAAUGGAAUUGUUUUGAAUUGUAUGGCUUUGAUGUCCUAAUUGAUGAUACACUGAAGCCAUGGAUCCUUGAAGUAAAUCUCUCUCCAUCUCUUGUCUGUGAUAGCCCUCUUGAUUUGAAGAUUAAAACAAACCUCAUAUGUGAUCUUUUUAGUGCCAUUGGAAUUGUCUGCCACGACCCAAUGGUGAAGAAUUACCAACAAAUCCGGAAAAAUAUGGAACUUGCAGCUCAGAUGAACAGUGGAAAAAAUAAACAGCGACGUCCGGCUUCAGCUGGUGCAAGUGCAUCAAACCAGGCAGCCAGCUACAGUAAUAGCCGAUAUUUGAGGCGCAGCAUGUCUGGACUGAACAGUGAAGAAAUCAAAAUAGUGAGACGAGUUAGAGAAGAAGAAUCUCGUAAAGGAGGAUGGAUCCGGUUGUUUCCAUCACCAGAUUCUUGGGAUUUGUAUUCGCCUUUCUUGCAGUUCUCAACAACGCAUAAUUUGAUGUUGCACCAACGACUUUAUCCUCAGAGGCACAAAGCUAUGAUGUACAAAUGUCUCACCCCAAUUAACUCGCUUGCAGCUCGAGCAAAGUCUUUGUACAACAACUUGACAAACAGCGUUAGCAACCUGUCCAAAUUUGAGAAUGAGAACUGUGAGUCGUUUAUUCUGGCACAGAGCCGUGCCCAACAGUACGAGCGAAGACUGGAUGACAGAAGAAAGGCAUCUGCAAUAGGAAAGGGUGAGAAGAAGAAACGACGUCGAAAGAGGCACUCAGUAACCAUUCGCUCAAAUGUGGCUGCUCACAGCCCUAAAUCCAGAGAGGAAUCAUCUUCGCCAUCAAAGAAACCGAUUUCUCCUUUGGAUAAAGCCAAACCAUAUUAUUAUUGCUCUCUAGAAGGCUUGGAGAAAACAGCCUUACACAGGUCAGCUCAGCAAAUGUGCACAUUGCAAAAUGGAGUUGAUCAGCCAACAGGAGAUGCUGUGCCAAACCAGGCAGAUCAGGUAGCAUCAGACAAAAGUGUGUCAGACAAGGCAGCAUCAAACAAAGCUACAUCAAACAAAGCUACAUCAAACAAAGCUACAUCAAACAAAGCUACAUCAAACAAAGCUAUGUCAGACAUGACAAUGAAGCAAAAUGCCAACUGUCUGAACAAAGGACAGCUUCCAGACAAACACAAACUUGUGCUGAUAUUACAAAACGGUGGUAAUUUGAGUCAAUUGCAAGCUCGUACAGCAUUUGCUCUUUAUCUAACCAAAGUCCAGCAAAGACUUGUGGCUGAAGCAAACUCAAAUGAACCAAGUGAUGUUGAUUCAUUAACUGAACAAAUGGAUCUGGUGAUACGUUUUCUAAAGAGAGCUGCUGCCAAUUUACAGAGAAAUUUCCAAGUCAUUGCCCCCAGUAAGAAACUUGCAGUAAAGGAUCGUUGCAGAGUCUUAGCAAAAGAACUAUCUGAGUUUGUGAGACAUUACAAAAAGGAAACUCAUCAAUUCAAGAAGCUUUUACAUAAUGAGCCAGAGAAAGCAAGUCCAGGAAUCAAUGAUGAAGAGUUCAACAAUUUCAUGUCAACUUCUGAUGAGAAUGAGCUGGAACUAGUGUUGACGACUUACACCAAGCUGCGGAAGUCUGGCAGUAUUUUUUUGGGCAAUUGCUGCACUGGUGAUGGAGCUGCCAGCCACAACCAGGCUGGGGACAGAGACAACAAACCCCCAAAAGUGUUUUGUCCAGGAGACUCGAACCAGGGACAAAGGCAGACGAAAUCUUCACAGCACCGUUUGGCAAAACCAACAAUGUUACCUAGGAACACACCUCAAACACCAAAAUCUCCAUGUCUUCCUUCUGCUGGUUCAGACACAUCAGUUGAAACCCAUGAAGAAAAAACUGUCAAGGAAGCACUCCAGUCUUUGACUAAAAAACAACAGUUGCGUCAGUACUCGGCAAAGGAAGGUAGCAGAGUCCUUUCUCAGGUCUCUAAUGCAAAGCCAGGUGCCUUUAAUAUACAUAAUCGCUCUAGAAGUUUAGACAGAAAGUGCAAGACGCCACCCAUACUUUUACACUCUGCUUCCUCAUCACAAAGUGUCAACCAGAACUUGAAGACUCCAGAAGAAAACCUAAAUUUUGUUAAAGUUUUUUGUGCUCGACCAAGUUCCAGUAACCGAAGCAAAAGCCAUCUCAGACUUUCCCCUGAUUCUCCAUCGCCUCCUACAUUAAACAAGUGCCCAUCAGAUUCUCCAAAGACAGUGACUGCACUAUGCUGUCAGCUGGCCAAUAACCACCUUACAAAGCACAGCUUAUCACUUACUGGCAGUUGUCCGCACUUGGCAGUCUCAAAUGGUCAUAAGGAUGACCCCUUGCAACAGCUCAUUCCAAACCAGAAGCUGUCUGCUUCAACAGCCUCUUCAGCCAGUGAUCUCACCUCAGGAUCUUCUGAUUGGUCUGUAGUUGAUCCUCAUGCUGAUGUUAAAGUUAACCAAGGCCUGAAGAAGCCUGAUUUCCCAAAAAAGUAUGUUAGCGACACUGAAGAUUUGGAAUUCAAGUUCUUCCAAAAGCAAAAUCAUAAGCCGAAGAUCUUGAAACAAAAUGUAAUCCGUGCAAGGAAAAGCACCCACCCAACAUUACCUACCGUAUCUCCUAAAAUGCAGCAAUCAAAAUCCCCUUUCCUCAAAAUAGGAGUGCCUGGUCAAUUAUAUAAAGCUGACAGUUGUACUAUUGUACCGUCCAACAACGCUAAGAAAUGUGAACAAAAAGUUCAGAAAGUGAGAUGUAUCAGUUGCAGACAUUCUACAUUAUAACAUUCUGACAUCCCAUCAGAUUUUAAAGACGACUGCUUUCAGAAGAAAGAUUACAGAAGGAAACAAAGAAGAAAAAAACCCAUAAUCUUUGCUCAAGCUUGUUAUUAAGCAGAUGUAUUACCCCCUUAUCAAUUGAGUGAUUAUAUACCUUCUUCUACACAUGUAUGUGUGUAAUGGAAUGACAGGCUUAUGCAAAUGACAAUUCAAGAAUAAAAUAGAGAACAGAAACAAGGACAAACUCCUUGGCGCUAAUAAAGCCCAGGCAUGACCAAUUUUCGGCAAUGUCCCUGUAUGGCACCUUUGUCCAGUCACUGGACAUUGUGUGAUUUAAUUACCAUCAAAAGAUAGCAUUGUUAUUUCUUUUUUUUUUUUUUUUGGUCUUUAUUAUUAACAAGUUUGUACCAUUUAAUAUUUGUUCAUGUGUGUAAGUGAAUAUAUAUGUGUGUGCAUAUAUAUAUUUGCGUAUAUAUAUGUGUGUAUACAUAUACAUGUGUGUGUAUACGCAUAUGUAUAUUACUUGUAUAUGUAUGAAUGUAUAUAAAAUCAAAACAGUCAUGAAUGCUAUUUAACAUGCAAAUGUACCAUUAAUCACUUUUGUUCCCUCUUGUUAAAAUCUAACCACAAACCAAAUGUGAUUCUAAUGUUAUGUCUGCUUUAAGUAUCUGUGAUGACUCUAUCAUAAUAUAAUUGUUUGUUUCAAAACCUGAUCUCAGAUCAAUUCAGUUGACAAACUUGUACUACUCAUAUAUAUAUAUAUAUAUAUAUAUAUAUACAUACAUACACACACAUGCAUGUGUGUGUGUGUGUGUGUGCGCGUGCAUGCAUGUACAAGUGUGAGUGUAUGUAUUUAUAUAUAUACACACACACACACACCUUUUUAUAAGACUAAUAAUGCUUGGCAACCCUUGCUCUUGUCUUCCAAGUUCCCUGGUCAUUUGAUAUUACUGUUGUCUUUGCACUAAGUCACAUGCUAAUAUUCACAGCAAAAAAAAAAAAAAAAUUAUGAGUUACAUCCCAGAGUGUGAGUAUGAACUUUUCCCAAAUGAGCAAAUAAAAGGCAAAAUAUUGUGAUAUCCAGACAUGUCACUGAGAAGUUGAAUUUCUAAUGAAAGCGGGUAGUGGGGAGGAUUCUGAUAUUUGGUCUCCUUUGAUUUUUAAAGUAUUUUUGAUGUUGAGGGUAACAUGUUUUGGUGUUUAGGCUUUUGGUUUUUUUUUUAAUUUUAUUUUAAAUUCUGGUGCUUCUUUACUUGAAAAUUUUUCAAGGUGUAUUUAAGGUGUUUAUCAGGAAUAAUGUUUCAAUAUAACACAUAUAGAUAUAUAUAUAUAUACACACACAUACACACACACGCACACGCACACAAUACACAUUCAGACAUGCAUACGCGCACACAUACAUUCAUACUCACAACGUACAGGCAUUCAUACACACAUGCACAAACAUUUACGAAAAACUGCAACAAUGAUAACACAAGCAAAACAAAAUUUAUUGUAAUUGAAGUAUAUACAUAAAGAUCUAUCAAAAUCCCAUUAGAUAAUGGAUAUGUCAUAAAUAUAUUCUAAAUAUGUCCUUAGCUUUCAAUCAAAGUAAGCACGAAACAUUCUCAUCCAACUAUAUGAAAAGUUACCUAACAAUAUUGGCGUAAUAUGGUAUGUUAUUUUACCUGAAGAUGUAAGGUGUAACUAAUUGUAGUUCCUGUAGUUCAAGCAAUAAAGAACGAAUCGGUAGCUUUGACAUAUACAAAACACAAAUAGUGUAAACCAGUUACAUAUAUCAUCUGGGCAGCAACCUCAUGUGUGUUUCAAAGCUCUUAUACAAAUACUGGCUACCAUAUAUCAUUGUACCAUGGGGUUACUCCAUUUACUGGAUAUACACGUGAGAAUCCAUUAGUGUAUGCAGAAUUCAUAUAGAAUGAACAGGUUUUAAUCACAAGUCACAACAGUUGUUUCUGUGCAUUAGUAACAGCCCUUAAUUGCUGAGUUUUCCAUAUCAUACUAUGAUAUAUAUAAACAUGAUCCAGCAGUGGCUUUGCACCUGCAUGUCAUCAGGUGACUGGCUUUGAGUAAUGGUUUUUCUACAGCUGGAUGCUCUUUCUGUUGACAACUCUGACCUGUUUCCAAGCAAGUUGAUAUUUCCCCAUGGCCAGACAUGUUUUCCAUGGAAGACUAAAAAUAACAUGAUCACUUGUAUGACACUGAUGCCCAUUUACAAUCAUCACAUAAUAUCAAGACAAGUGAACAUGCAUGCACACGCAUGCAUCUGUGUACACACACACACACACACACACGGUUUCUUUCAAUUUUUGUCUGUCAGGUCCACUGAGAAAGCUUUAAUUGGCUUGAGGCUAUAGAAGACAUUUGCCCAAGAUGUCAUGCAGUGGGAAUGAACACAAUAACAUCUUGUUGGAAAGUCAUCUUAAUGACAUGGCUACACCUCUGCCUAUACAGAUUUUUAGAAUUAAAAAAAUUUCUUUACUUGGAAAUAGUUAAGGUUUGAUAACAGAAACUGCAUGCAGACAUAAAAUUCUGUCUCAAACAACCAUGCUAGUACAGAAAAAUGGACAUUAAGCAAACAAACAACUGUGUGCGUACGUGCGCGCGCACGCACACACACACUCUGUGUGCAUGUAUAUUUAAUAAAAACUUUGUUUUAAUCACUACCAACUCAAAUAUCUACAUUUUUACAAAGAAAGUUAUAUAUAGGUGCAGUAUGGCUUUGUUAUAAGACAUUUGCUUCCCAACCUCAUGGUUUCAGGUUCAGUCCCACUAUAUGACACUUUGAGCAAGUGUCAGCUACUAUAGUCGCAAAGCCUAGUGGGCUGAUUUGGUAGGCAGAAAAUGAAAGAAGCUUGUCAUAUUUAUAUGUAUGUGUUGUAUUUCUGAUAUUUUGCCUUGACAUUGCAUGGUAGUUGUAAACGAAUGUCACCUUCAUUUCCAGUCUUCCAUGAAAACAUGUCUGGUCAUGGAAAUAUAUUAUUUUACUUGGAAACAGAGAGGGUUGGUGAUAAGAAAGAUAUCUCUGGCCAUAGAAAAUCUGCCUUACCAAAUUUUGCUCAAUCUAUGCAAGCAUGGAAAAGUCGCCAUUAAAACAGUGAUGAUACAUAUUUUGUUGGUCUUUACAUCCUUGAUAGACCUAAAAUGUUCAUAACUAGAUAUAGCCCUCAGCUUCUGGAUAGCCAUGAAGUAGACAAAUACUUAAGAAUUAAUCAACAAUUUUUCCCUUAAAAAACAAUACCCACAAAUAUGAAUAGGUUGACUUAGAUAUUACAAUCAACUUACUGAUAAGCACAAAUUAUAUUAUGAGAAACAAAAUGAAGAGUUUGUAUACAGUAACAAAAAUUCCAACCACUUGCAUGUAGUUCUCAAAAGCUUUGUCAAAAACAUUAAUAGAAGUUUCUAACAUUGUCAGAUAAAGAUAUGUUCAAUAUAGUUAUCUGUUAAUAUAAUAACAUACAAGCAAUAAUCAGACAUAUUGUAAAUCCAUUAGUCUCUACUUUUCUGCCAUCCACUAACAAGAAAAGAUACUGAAAAAUCAUUUAGUUAACCUUCUUUCCUUUUUCACUACACAUCAUUUAAAAUGCCUAAAAGUUUGGUAAUCAACGUUUCUCAAUCAACUGCUAUUCUAGAAAAUUAUUUGGUAGAAACAAAAUUGAAAUUAUAUUGGACAUUAAACAUAAAAUGACAUUUACAAGGAAGUCAGCUGCAAAGAUUCAUUUUCUUGGUUUCUACCACAAUGCCAAGGCAAUUAUUUCAUGAAGGACAUCUCCACAAAAGUCUUUAUGCAUGGUGAAUGACAGAUUCAUAUAUUGCUAUUUUCAAACAAACUUCUUCCUUCUGAAGAAGAAUGCCAGCAAACUAUCCAACUGUAUUUGGAAAUGAAAAGACAGUGGAAUUACAUUGGGCAUCCAAAGGAAUGAUUGUUGAAUGAUCAAGCUAUACAUUAAUAUGACAUGAAACUGUAGCAUAUGUAAUCUGGAGGGGGAAAAAAUUCAUUUUAAAGAAAUCUCCAACAAGAAAACAAUUCAAAUGGCAGAUGCUUUUGAAAAUUUCUUUUAAGAAAUUGGUAAAAAACACAAGACCAAAUUAAAGCAGAUUCACAAUUCACCAUAUAUGAAAACAUAUACAUGAUUGUACCUGACUGUAAUCUGUAAAUAAUUUAUAAAAUAUUUCAGAACGAAUAAAAUGAAAUAUCUAAUCUAAAGGAAUUAAAGGAUCUCACAGAAACAAGAAGUUACACCACCCCCUAAAUUCUAUGUACAGAUGUAGGCAUUGUAAAACACGUUCUGUGCUUUAUAGGAGUACUUAGUUGAAAAGUAGUAGUUUGCAUACAAUAUACUACAAUACAUACGUAUACACACGUACACAUGUCCACAUAUAUACUCGUGCAACUAUAAGUAGUUCUCAACAAAUACCACCCCAACUAAGAAAUAUUUGAGAAAUUUUUUUUAUUUGUUUGUUUUUUUGCCUCCCUUUACUUUUUAUUUAUGAGACGGCAAAAUAGAUGAAUUCCAUAUAACUCUUCUUUCACCUCGUUGGGCUAACGCAAAAGGUUUAAAGCGUCUUAAUCUUAUUAGACAUGGCAAUUAGUCUAUCCUCUUUCACUCAUCCUUCUAUGAGAAUUAUUGCAUUAAUGUACUCGUAUGCAAUAUUGUUCAUGCAAUCAAAUCUGUUCUACUAGCAAACAUUUGUUAAUAUCACCUUUAUAUUAAGGGAUAAAGUAUUUUUUUCAAAUGUAAAUAGGAAUAAUAAUAAUAAUAAUAAUAAUAAUAAUAAUGGGUGUGGUCCACUAUAAGAAUGGAUAUAAUAGGUCUGGUCUACAGUUAGAACACAUAGUAUAAGCAUGGUUCAUAGAUGUGGGAAAAUGUUUAUGGCUCUUAGAAAAUAUAAAAUUCAAUUGUGGUCCAAUGUAAAUUAUGGGUGUGGUCCAAUGUAAAUUAUGGGUGUGGUCCAAUGUAAAUUAUGGGUGUGGUCCAAUGUUUGAAAAUAUAAAAUAUGGGCAUGGUCCAAAGUAUGUAAAUAUAAAAUUUGGGUGUGGUUUAAUAAAAAGAAAAAUGGAAUUUCUGUAUGGUUCACUAUAUAAAAAAAAAAAGUAUUAAGGAUGAUUAUGAACUGUUGUUAAAAAUGCAAUGAUGGGUGUGGUUAAAUAAGAAAAGAAAUUGAGAGUUGCUGUCCAGUAUAAGAAAGAAAGAAAGACAGUCUACUGUAAGAUGGUACCCCCAAAUACUUCUGCUGUCUAAAUUUUUCAUAUUGAAAAUGUUGAAUUUGUUGCAAGUGAGGUGCGAAGAUG